CUCUCGAUGAUCCGAUUUUGCUUUCUGCUGCUGACUUCACCCCCACUGCUUCUCCCGCGCCGCCUGAGAUGUUGCCGGCGGCAUCGGGGGCAGCGAUAGUUACGAGAAUAUCUCGUUACAGGAGAGCUUAGUUGGGAAGAUCUGACCCUUUCUCAGAUCCAAACCCUCAGCAAUGGAAGGCCAGAAGAGUCAGGCCAAGCUUACCAGAACUCACUCCUCGCUCCUUCGUUCCUCACCCACAAUUCGUUCUUCCAUUCCCAGUCUCUCUUCGAUCAACGAAGAUGAUGCUGUCGCUGCUCAAAACGAAGAAGAGCAGAAGGUGAAGUACCACUUGCGGGCUUCCACCCCACGAACCGGUUCAACUCGGACCAGUGCCCCGGUUAUUGUUAUAACCUCGGUCGGUUUUAUCUUCUUUUGCGCAUACACUUUCUUUUUCUACCUAUUCUACUUUGUCUAUCUCGAACACGAACAUAGGCUCGACUCGGAGAACCUGUUAAUAGCGUUGAUUUUUAUCUCUGUCGGGCUAUAUAUUGCAAUUAAGAACAAGGGGGCGAUCCACCGGAGUCUUUCUGUUCUGAAACACUCGUGGGAUGAGAAUCUGAAAAGACUCGGCCUUUCAAAGACGAACCCAAAGCCCGUGCAGUGGUUCAUCGGAGACUCUACAGCAAUUAAAAGACCAGCGGAGAAGAGAAUUAUCAGGGAGGGCGUGGAAUUUUACGGCAAUGGUGACUUCUACGAGGGGGAGUUCCACAAAGGAAAGUGUAACGGAAGUGGGGUUUACAAUUACUUCGCGAACGCGAGAUAUGAGGGUGACUGGGUGGACGGAAGGCACGAUGGGUAUGGGAUUGAGACCUGGGCAAAAGGUAGUCGCUACAGGGGACAGUAUAGGCAGGGUCUGAGACAUGGUUAUGGGAUUUAUAGGUUCUAUACUGGGGACUCUUAUGCUGGAGAAUGGUGUAAUGGGCAGAGCCACGGUGUGGGAGUACAGACUUGCUCUGAUGGAAGUUGUUAUAUCGGCGAGUUCAAGUACGGCGUCAAGCACGGUCACGGAUGCUACCAUUUUAGGAAUGGAGAUAGAUACGCGGGAGAGUAUUUUGGAGACAAAAUACAUGGAUUUGGGGUGUACCAUUUUGCCAAUGGCCAUUGUUAUGAAGGAGCGUGGCAUGAAGGUCGUAGGCAAGGUCUUGGGGUCUACACUUUUCGAAAUGGUGACAGAAAAUGUGGUGAAUGGGAUGCUGGCAACCUCAUUCAUCCUCUACCAUCACUAACCCAUAAGCUCCUCGGAUCAGUUCAGGCUGCUAGGAAAACAGCAGAGAAUGCUAUAAAGCUUCGCCGGGUGGAUGAACAAGUUAACAAAGCUAUAGCUGCUGCCAACAGAGCCGCCACCGCUGCCAGAGUUGCCGCUGUAAAAGCUGUUCAGAACAGGAUGGAAGGAAAAUUCUGCGACACUCCGGUCUAAAACUUAGACUUUAGCUUUCCUUUGAAUUGUAAAUAUUAAAGUUUGCUAAUUUUAAAUCUUAAUUACUUGGGAGUCAUACGUCACCUCGUCGAGCAAACUCAACAGAGGUUGAAUUUAC